GCGAUAGCAGUUGAAAAUCGGAGCUACUUUUUGCUCUCCGUACUAAUUACUCAAACUAAGCGCUUUCGCGGCCACACCAAUUAAAAACUAAAAGACCAAAAACUAAGAUGCUGCUGCUUCGACGUUGCCACAAGUUAAAGUUGCGUCCAUUGGUUCGCCUUUGCUCCGCUGAAUUGAUACACAAGGAUGGCUUCAUUGAGAAGCUGCGCCACAGUUUCGACGAGGAUGAGCGCAGCAAUCUGGUGGUGCCCACGUUCAAGAAGGCCAUGCUCUAUCCGGAUGAGAUCGCCGUGAAGGACAUCACCGGGGAGUACACCUACUUCCAAUUGUAUCUGGCCGCCAAGCGCCUGGCCAUUCAGAUCUCAAACAUAUGCGGCAGUGCCGCGCUAUCGAAUGUGACGUACUUGUGCUCGAACAACGCGCUGUGGAUAGCCAUACAAUGGAGCUGCUGGAUAUCCGGGCAGGUGGCGGUUCCGCUGGAGUCCGGCCAGGCGAUGGAUCAGCUGCAGGGCCAGGCAUCGAGCUGCAAGACCAAGCUGCUGAUAGCCACACCGGAAUUCGAGUCGCUGGCCCAGGAAUUGUCGCAGGCCCUGAAAUCGGCCACCAUCAUUUUGGAUCACGCGUUUGUGCCAACGGCGGAGAGUGUGUCCUCCACAUCGAUGUAUGCCAAGCAGCUGGUGGGCGUCCAGGGUGUGGUCCUAACCGAGAGCACGCUGCCCAAUGAUUUCUAUGCCAAGGCGCCGGCCAUGCUCAUCUACUCGCCCAACGCGGUCAACAAUCCCAAGCCAGUGCUGUUGAGCCACCGGAAUAUCGAUGCUCAGGUGCGCUGUUUGGUCGCCAGUUGGCGGUUGGGACCCACCGACUGCAUGCUACCCAUUCUGUCCAUGAAUCGAAUGCACGCCGCCCUGGGUGCCGUGCUCAAUGUGGGCGGCAAUGUGGUGUUGCAGCAGAAGUUCGAUGGCCACAAUGCGUGGAGUGCGCUGUUGGGCAUAAAUAGCCCAUCCAAGCAGCGGGUUACCCUCUUCUUGGCCAUGCCAAUCGUGUACAAGCGGCUGAUUGCCGAGUACGAGAAAAUGUUCGCCAAGGACUCGCGGAUGGUGGAGUACAUUGUGAAUCAUUGCCGGCAGAAGAUACGAUUGAUGGCCACCGCAUUUGCCUUGCUGCCGGACUCGGUGUUCUACAGAUGGCGCGAGAUAACGGGUCAGAAUAUCUACGAGUACUACGGUAUGAUGGAAACGGGCUUGGUUUUGGGUCAUCCGUUGGAUGAGCCACAACGCGAUGCUGCCACCAAUGGAGCGGUUUCAGCGCCAAGCCAAGCCGCGCUCAAUGACUAUCGUCCGGGUACUUUGGGUUCCCCAUUGAAGGGAGUGACGGCCCGACUGAUCAGCAACAAGGGCAACGAGCUUAUAACCUGCAAGAACGAACUGGGCGGCACCGUGGAUCAUGGCCUAAUACAGGUGGAGGAUAUCGGCGGCGACACGUCCCUGACGCAAACCGUGAUUGGUGAACUGCAAAUUGCCGGCGCCCAUUUGGUAUCCAAUGCAGUGGACACGGCAACCACACACAAUGAGGAGCAGCAGAACACCCAAGAUGGUUUCUUUAAAACCGGCGACAUUUGCGCCUACCGACAUGGUAACUUUUACUUUCUGAGCAAGAGCAGCGAUGUCUUCACCGUUGGCGGCUAUAAGGUCUACGGUUCGGAGAUCAAGAAGGUGUUGAUCUCGCAUCCGAACAUCAACGACGUCGCUGUCCUGGGUAUUCCCAACAAGUUGUGGGGUCAUCGGCUUGGUGUCAUAUGCAUUGUAUCGCCGGAUGCGGAUAUUGACUUGGACGCGAUCAAGACGUACUGCUACCGCCACUUGCCGGCCCACAAGUGCCCCACCGUUUUCAAGACCCUCGUUUCCAAGUAGUCCCAAGUUCUGCGCCCUUGCCCACAAAUUUAAGUGAUUUCUGACUUCCAAGCCCCCUUCCUCACUUGCCA